UUGCAGUUGCGGCCCGAAUUUACUAGCGAAGACUACGUUGUUGGCGCUGCAGACUGGCGAGUAGCGUCGAAUAUCACGCUGUGGCAAUAUUAAAUCACGUGCAUAUGUGCCGUGUUGUCGCCACUGCUGCCGCUUUCAAAGCAAAAACAACAACGGGAAAACUAACAAGCACGCCGCAAUUCGCCGUUACUUGCCCGCUAACAGCACACGCACACAUCAACAAAGGACAAUGUCAGUGAAAAGUGACGAGGAGAUAUUGGCCAACUCCAUGUAUGAGGAUGAUCCCAAUGGUAAUUCAGCGCCCACGACAACAGACGAUCAGGAAGUGGAGCAACCGAUGGUGCAUAAAGCAACGACGCAGACAGGAACGCCAAUCACAUCACCACGCUGGGGUCCCCAAAACAAGGGAGCACAGGAGCUGGCCUCACUCUACAGUCCAGGUAAACGCGCACAAGAAAUAUUUUGCGUCUAUGCCUGCCUUGGUCUGAUGGCUCUUAAUCUGAUUCUGAUUGUGAAGCACAUGCGAUGGGAGCGUAUUAAUGUGGCCUUCGUAUCCGCUUUGUGUGGCAUUAUAACUGCCGAUUUUGCUUCGGGAUUAGUGCAUUGGGCGGCAGAUACGUGGGGUUCUGUGGACUUACCUUUGAUAGGCAAGAACUUCUUGCGACCAUUCCGAGAGCAUCACUUGGAUCCCACUUCUAUAACGCGGCACGACUUCAUCGAAACGAAUGGCGACAACUUUAUGGUGGGCAUACCAAUUCUGGGCUAUUUGGCGCACUAUUUCUACGUUAAAUCUCCAUACGAGAUACAACAACAUUUCGGUUGGAUAUCCUACGUGUUCCUGUGCUCUAUAUUUGUGGCUAUGACCAACCAGAUUCACAAAUGGUCGCAUACGUAUUGGGGCUUGCCCAAAUGGGUUCAACUGCUGCAAAGCUGCCACAUAAUCCUGCCACGAAAGCAUCAUCGCAUACAUCACGUGGCGCCACAUGAGACGUACUUUUGCAUUACGACCGGUUGGCUGAAUUGGCCGCUGGAGCGGAUCAGAUUCUGGUGCACCCUGGAGAUUAUAAUUGAACAUUUUACUGGCCUCAAGCCACGCGACGACGACAUGAAGUGGGCCAAGAAGCUUACAUAGCUGUGCUGCUGUUGACUGUACAGAACCCUCGGACCAAACUAAUGUACAAAAAGGAGGAUAUCCCAAAUUAGAAAUCAACUACAGCAGUUAAUAAGACAUGGAUAACUAAGGAUAAGGAAAUGAUAUUUGCACAACAAAGCCAUAACUUAUGAAGAAGGGAAAAGACCGAGAAGCUGACUAUUUUAAAGUUAAAUGUUUCUUGUGAAUAUUUGUGUAUGCGUUGGUAAUGUUUUUAUAACGUCUCCUGUUGAUUGUUGAAA